CGCUCGAGGGCCACUCUCCGCCGGUGUCUGAGCCUCGCGCGCUGUUCUCCCCGCCGCCGCCGUCGAGAUGCUGCGCUGCGGCCUGGCCUGCGAGCGCUGCAGGUGGAUCCUGCCGCUGCUACUGCUUAGCGCCAUCGUCUUUGACAUCAUCGCGCUGGCCGGCCGCGGCUGGCUGCAGUCGAGCGAUGACAGCCAGACGUCCUCGCUGUGGUGGCAUUGUUUACUAGAAGUCUGCGACAGCCUCAUGACGUAUGCUUGGGGAAGGGCAGCCGCCGCUAUGCUGCUCUGCGGUUUCAUCAUCCUGGUGAUCUGCUUCAUCCUCUCCUUCUUUGCCCUCUGUGGACCCCAAAUGCUUGUCUUCCUGAGAGUAAUCGGAGGCCUUCUGUCCCUGGCUGCUGUGUUCCAGAUCAUCUCCCUGGUAAUUUACCCUGUGAAGUACACUCAGACCUUUAACCUUCACUUCAACCCAGCUGUCACUUGCAUCUAUAACUGGGCCUAUGGCUUCGGGUGGGCAGCCACUAUUAUCCUGAUUGGCUGUGCCGCCUUCUUCUGUUGCCUUCCCAACUAUGAAGAUGACCUGCUGGGCAAUGCCAAGCCCAGGUACUUCUACACAUCUGCCUAAGGUGGGGAAUGAGCAGAAGAACAUCACUGCUGCUGAGAUAGAGUCCAGAGAAAGAAAGUGUUUUCCCCUGGAAUACUUUGAACCUGUUUUGGGGACAAUGUUCAUAUCAUUAAACUAUGGUCAAAAUGCUAAAAUAAUCGGGGGAAAGUGUUUCUUAAGUGGUGUUAUAGUUUCAUAUUCAUCUUUUAUAUAUGUUUUGUAGUGUUAAGUAAGACUUACUUCUUUUAAUUAAUUACCUGAUUAUUAAGUUGGCUAAAAGGUUCGUUCAGGCUUGUCCAUAAGAUUGAUGGAAAAACCUGAACUCACUUUUUGGCCAACUCAAUACUAAUAUGCCAAUGUUUCCUUAUAUCUAGCAAUACCAUUGAUAUUGCAUUUGUAAAAGAAUAUGAGUAUGGAAGUAACCACAUAAUUUAUAAGGUAAAAAUGAGAAGGCUUCAAAGAUUUGAGUAAAUCUGGUUAGGUUUUUGUUUUUCCCAGAUGGAAUGGGUUGGGUCUAUUAAGGACUGAGGAGAAGAAGAAGAUACUGGUAAAAAUUGUCAGUGACUAAAUAUUCUAAAA